GAGGCCGAGUGUGAAGAAAAGGCGACGGGAAAAACAACACUAUUUUCUCCUCCACAGACGCCAGAUUCUACGGUUUUUGUUGGAUAAAGUAGAUCAAUUUAUCCAAAAUGCCGGCUCCUAUGCCCGUGGGAGCGCUGACGAUGGCGUCAUUUGCCCUCACUGCCGCUGUAAUAGGCAAUGCAUAUUAUCAGAAGAAACAGUUUUAUCCCUCGGUUGUUUAUAUCACGAAAUCCAACCCCAGUAUGGCGGCAAUAUACCUCUUAGCAUUCACAAUGGUUAUACUGCUGGGGAAACUACUGAAGAAAGUGUUCUUUGGUGCACUCCGUGCAGCUGAAUUUGAGCACCUCAUUGAGCGAUCCUUUUAUGCUGUCACGGAGACCUGCCUCGCCUUCACUGUGUUUCGUGACGACUUCUCCCCCAAGUUUGUGGCCCUGUUCACAGUGCUGCUGUUUCUAAAGGCAUUCCACUGGCUGGCAGACUACCGGGUCGACUUCAUGGAGCGCUCACCAGUCAUCACCCUGCUCUUCCACGUUCGGGUCACAUCUUUGCUACUCUUGCUGAGCCUCCUAGACCUGGUGCUAGUAAACCAUGCAUAUCACUCUACCAUAACACGAGGGGCAUCUGUCCAGCUAGUGUUUGGCUUUGAGUAUGCAAUUCUCCUUACUGUGGCACUAAACAUAGGAGUAAAAUAUGUGUGUCACACAGUCGAUUUGCAGUCAGAAAACCCAUGGGAAAAUAAGGCUAUGUAUCUGUUGUAUACAGAACUUUGUAUGGGAUUUGUCAAGGUGGUUUUGUAUGCUGUGUUCAUGAUCAUCAUGAUUAGAAUACAUACAUUCCCAUUGUUCAUCAUAAGACCCAUGUACCUGACCAUGAGGUCAUUCAAACGAGCGCUGAACGACGUGAUUCUCUCCCGCCGUGCUAUUCGCAACAUGAAUACACUGUACCCCGAUGCUACUCCAGAGGAAUUAAGAGCUGUGGAUAAUGUUUGCAUCAUAUGCAGGGAGGAAAUGUUGACAGGAGCCAAGAAGCUUCCUUGUGGCCACAUAUUCCAUGCCUCUUGCCUGCGUUCCUGGUUCCAGCGUCAGCAGACCUGCCCAACUUGCCGCAUGGACAUCCUGCGACAGCCUCCACCUGCUCAAGGAGGUGCAGCUGGUGCUGCAGCAGCUGCCCGCAAUCCCCAGCAAGCCCAAACCCCACCUGCUCAGCCACAGACACCACAGCCACAGCAGCAACAGCGUCAGGCUCAGCAGCAGAUGCCCAAUCCAUUUGCUGGCCUCUUUGCUGGUAUGCCUAUGCCAGUUGGCCCUCCUCCUGUAGGUCUACCCCCCUUCCCAUUUCCUCCUAUGCCAAUGCAGCAGGCUCAGCAACAGCAAGCAGCUGCUGCCUCUGCUUCUGCAUCCACAACAGAAGCAGGAACAAGUUCCUCCACCACUACUACAACUUCUGCUAGCACUUCAUCAUCAGGUAAAUGCUUUAAUGCUGCUAGUACUGUGGUGGUUUAU